CAUGGACUGUGCGCAGGAACCAGAAGGGCUGAGACUUCGGGCAGAACCAGUUACCGACACCAUUCUUGAGAUUGGACAGAGACUUUUCCAGGUCAAUCGUGGUGCAUUAUCUCUCCAUAGUCGCUAUUUUGAGGCCAUGUUUUUUGGGGGCACUAGAGAGAGCUCCGAACACCACAUAGUGAUCAGAGGAGUAGAUGCAGAGACUUUCCAAGCGCUUCUCGAGUUCACUCGCACAGCCAAGGUGCUCAUAACUCUGCACAAUGUCACCCACCUGCUGGAAACAGCUGACUUCCUCCAGUUUGAGAGAGUGAAAAGAAUGUGUGAGAAGUUCCUGGAGAGGGAGCUGCACGUUUCCAACUGUCUGAGCCUGAUGGCCUAUGCCCAAUGCUUUGCCUGUCCAGAGCUUCAUGCAUCAGCUCUCAGCGUGGCUCUCACGCACUGGACGGAAGUGACUUCUCAGGAAGAAUUUAAGAAGCUUCCCAAAGAAAUGUUGCUGCAGCUCCUGCAAAACAAUGACCUCUUUGUUCCCCGAGAGGAUGUCGUUUUUGAUACUGUGAUGAAAUGGAUAAUGCAGGACCCAGCAUCUAGGGAGGAGGCCUUCUUGGACUUGGUGGGGCAGGUCAGGGUAACCUUCCUGAGUCUUUCCUUCCUUGAUAUCUUGGUGAAACAAAGCAAAAACCCUGGAGAGAAGGAUACCUCUGCCAGGCUGCUAAAGAAAUUAGACAGCUGCCCUCCGCUCAGAUGGAGGAACACGGAGCUGUCUCCUUGCACCAGCAGGAGCUAUGAGACCCUAUAUGUUCUGGGAGGGAAGCAUGAUAAGGAGCAGCAAGAAUUGUUUCAGUUUCAACCUAAAUCUGGCACCUGGCAUCUUUGCUCCCCGCUGCAGCGCAGGAACCUCAUCCAGUAUGCAGUGGCAGCAGUAGGGAACUUCCUUUUUGUGACAGGAGGUUAUUUCCGAGAUGAGUUUGUGUGGUACAGCGUGGACUGGGUGUUGAUCUAUAAUUGCUGGGACAACAACUGGCUGGAAGGGCCUGCUAUGAAGCAGUCUCGCAACAGUCAUUGUGCCGUAGGGGCUGGGCUCUAUCUGUACGUGCUUGGAGGGAGCACAGAUGAGGGCAUAAUCCCAGAUGUGGAGCGCCUGGCAUUAAUGGACUCGCAAUGGCAAAGCAUGAGCCCCAUGGUUCAGCCUGUGGAGAGAGCAGGUGCAGUCAGUGUGGGGACCAGGCUUUACGUGGUCUGUGGCCUGGAUGAAAAGGGAGAUGUGUAUGGUGGAGUGCAGAGACUGGACAUGGAGAAGGAUGUUUGGGAUGUCAUCUCCUUCUCACCACUUCCCAGGUAUGACCUCUGUGUUACAGCUCUGAAUGGAGCACUCUACACCAUAGGAGGAGGAGCCUUUCGCUUUGAUAUGGACACAGAUGAAUGGACCCAAGUGGAUGAAGAGUGCCUGACUCAGAAAUUCUUCAUGGGAUGCAGCACUGCGAAUGGCCAAAUUUAUCUCCUGGGACAGAGGAAGGGGAACAUGGCUGUCCCCAACAUGGUGCUCUUUGACCCUUACACUGACACAUGUCAGGUGGUAGAUAGCAAACUCCCUUGCCCCGUUCCUAUUUAUGGGUGUGUCUCUAUACGAAGAUUUGACACAUGAGCUUAAGCAAGGCUGGACCCAGGUCACCAUACAGAAAGGGAGUCCAGUGUGUUAACACUUACAAGGGCUGAUAUUUAUUGUCUGUAGAACUUGUAGAAUCUUGAAAACAUCAUUUAUUCCUCUCUUGAUUUUGUCUUUUUCAGUUUGGCAAAUGCUGGUGUCCUUUGUCCUCAAGGAGCCAACAGGCAAUGGAAGAUUUGCUCCUUUCUUUAUCAAGACAUCUCCACUGGUGUCAGCAUGAUUCCAUGAAAACAUUUGUUAGCAAACUCACUAACUUGGCCUCCGCAGCAGCAGCAGAAGGAAUAACAGCAUUGCAGCGUCAGUCAGAAACAUGACUGUUGGUUUUUUGUUUGUUAUUUUGAUUUUACCAAAUGACAGGACAGCAGCUUCUCAAAUGCUGAAGAGCACUCCAGGCAGCAGCAGGUGGAAGGCAUCUGUCCAAAGAAAACCAAAUUUCAGUCAUUGAAAAUUGAUUCUUUCGUUUUCAGCCCAUAGGGAUGACAGUACCUAAAAUGCAAACAGAGCCAUGACUAUAAAGACCUGAGCUACUUCAUGCUUCACUCCUCUGGGUUCCUAAGGAGCCUGGGCAGGGCCCUGAUUAUAUUGGAAGGAAAAGAGCAAGCAUAAGGUAGGAUUUAAACUGAUUCUUUAUUCAAGCCAAUGCCCUCAUCACCUCUGUGCUGACUCAGCUCCAUGUGUAAAGUGUCACUCAGGUUUUAGGUAGCACCUAGGGAACCCUGUUCAGAGCUGCUGUUGAUGGCUAUGGAGAUAGUUCUACAAAUGACAAGAGGCCAUCGGCUAGCAAAUAGGAGUUGAGCCACAUUCACUUUGUGCUGUUCUAAUCUUAUGGUGCUCAGUCAGGGGAUGAAAUCCUGGCCAUUGAUGUCAAUGAAAUUUUGCAGUUAGCUACAAUGAGGCCAAGAUUUCAUCCAGGAUGGGUACAUCGUCCCUCCCCGCUGCAACAUUUCAGUUCAUUAUUAUGCAUGAGGCUGCUUGCUUCACAGCUGGGUGACAUUUUCUGACUGAAACUGUUUCUCUGCAAAAAAUGAUUUGGUGUCACGGAAAUGUUUCAAUAAUUUGUGAGACAAGGAGGGUGAGGUAAUAUCAACAAUUUGUGUUAGUUUCACCGAAGUUUUCAUUUUGAAAACAAAGCUAACAAACUCCAAACAAGUCAAAACAUUUUGUUUUGACA